UGUCAUCAGUCGUUCGAGUUUUCAUUUUGUGUUUUUGCGAGGAAAAAAACCAGGAGAAAGAAACAGAACAGAAAUAAAUAGUGUCGAGCGAUGAAAACGCACUUGGCUUAGUGCAAGAACGAAAAAAGCAAAACGCCUGCAGAUUGUGUUUGUGGUGUUGUUGGUGUAAUGCGGUUCAUUAAUUGCUAGGUGCGAGAAGCUCCAUCCCGCUGGUGCAUUUGUGCAAUCCCACGCAGCAAGGGCACGCAAGUGAGCUUCUUGCAUCGCGUGCGAGGUGGCAUUUCCUCGGGUGGUCCUCGGGUCACCUCGUCCGUGUGUCCGUCGGUCGCGUAGGUUGCAACGGAAAGCAAACGGAAGGGACGUAGGAACCUGCAAGGACAGAAAAAGGCACCACCACUUCCGUCGGGUGCCCAUCAGUGUUGGGGGCCGUACGUUGUGCUACGGCUGGUCAUUAGCGCCGUACGUCGUUGCUUUGCGUCGAUAUGAGUGCACGAGAGGCGACCACCGAAUGGGAAGAAUUGCACAAUUGAUUUUUCUUAACCACGAACGACCGAAGGGCUGUCACCCGCAGAACGCCAGGGUGUGAAGCUUAAAAACAAACAUUACGAACACCAGUGGAAGGAACGUUUGCAGAAAGUAACAAAAAAGGAAGCAAAAAAAAAGGUUGGCGAGCGAGUGCAUCAUGGAGGAUAAACUGUUUACGAGCGUGGAGGAGGAGUGCCUGUACUGGAAGGAGCGAUGCCUGAAGGUGUCGCAGGAGCGGGACGAUGCGCAGCGGGAGUUUGAUGACUUCACCACCGAGUCACGGCAGCUGGAGGCUGAGCUAGAAAUGACGGUCGAGCAGCAGGAGAAGAAAAUUCGCGAUCUGAACCAGCUGGUGAAUCAGCUGCACGGGGAGAACGAAUCCUACAAGCGGAAGAUGCAGUACACGGAAAACGAAACAAACAAAAUCGAUGCGGACUUUCGGCAGAUAGCUAAGGAAAAUGAGAAGCUAAAGGUGUACAUUCGUGAACUGGAGCAGAAAAAUGACGAUCUCGAACGAGCAAAUCGAGUAGCCAGUGAAAGUGUCGCAGAAUUUGAAUCGAUGCUAAACCAAGCGUACGAGAAAAACGCCCUGCUGGAGCUCGAGGUGGACGAGAAGGAGCGCAUGCAAAUUAAGCUGCAGCGAUUAAUGGACGAGGCCCGUGAUUUGAAGCAAGAGCUAAAAGUUCGUACCCUAAAACCGGACGAGCAUGGUGAAAAGUUGGAAGAAGGCGAGUUGACCGAGGUGAACGGGGAUGAUCGAAACAAAUCGCUGGAUCCAUCCAACGAAAGCACAUCAACGGCAGCAGCAACAGCAGCAACAACAACCUUCGCUACCGCCGUAACGGCCGGGAUCGGUGGUGUGAAUAGUGUUUGCCUUGACGGUGGAACAGCUCCGGAAGAAGCGUCAUUAACAGGUUCUAAGCUGGAGACGCUGAAUAACAAUCUUAACACCAGUAAGCAGCGCAGUUCUUUGGUAAAGCUAUCGGCAAGCAAACUGAACGAUUUUGGACGUGAAACGGCCAAUGAGCAGGAUUCUACCAAGACACUGGAUGGGAUCGUGGCGGACGGUGUGAAGGCGGCACUGCUGUCGCCUGGUAGUCAGCUGAUAAUCGAGCGCAAUGGAAACAACGCACCACCUUCAACGGCGCUUAUCCCUGGCGGUGGGCUGGGUGGGCUGAAUGCUCCCAUGGCACCAAGCGACCGUGUUUCGACGCUCAACAUCGUGGCGGAUCUGCUCCGGCGGCUAGACAACAUGGAAGCCAAGUUGAAGGCGUGGAAAAUCCGCAAACCCACGUCACGGACAGGGCCCGGUAGUGCAGGGGCCGGUACGCUCGGUAGCAACCGGUCAUCGCUACACACCAGCCACACUAUCUCGAAUCUGCACCACAGCAGUAAUCACCAAAACCACCAGCAGCAGCAGCAACACCAUCACCAUAGCAACCAUCAUUACCAAAGCCAGUCGCAACCGCAUCACCACCACACCGACAGCAACCUUUCGCUCAAUUCGCUUGGUUCAGGCGAUGGUACGUUGCUGCUAACAUCUCCCGCCAACUGCUGCGGCACUGGCAGCGGCAGCAGUAGCAACGUGCAACUACACUCCUACCAGCCGAGCACCAUCACGAUCGGUACGCAGACGUCUCAGCAUCUGCCCGCGUCGGCCUUGACCAGCAAAACGGAACUGUUGCGUACGAAUAAGUAAGGUGCUGGCUGGGCAUAGAUACUACUAUACCGAACACAAAACCGCCGGACGGAGGUUGUGUUUGCACACCAACACUCUCUCACACACACAGAGAAACACAAAACAAGGACAAAGGAAGCGCGUCAAACUAACGAUGGUUCUGCACAGGGAUCGGAUGAAAAUGCUAGGUAAAUAAUAGGAGAAAAAGUGAUUUAAUUUAAACUUUCCGUUUUUUUUCUUGUUCUAUUAUGCCACCACGUCCAUCAGAGAUAGCGAGAGCGAGAGAGAGAGAGAGUUUAGUUUUGUAUUAGUAUAUUUACUACUACUCUGUAUGUAAUUUGGUUUUUAAUCGUAAUCGUAAUCGUGGUUCCGUUUUAACAGUAAUUCCUUCAUCGGUUGUACAUAUAAGCCGUAGCGUAUGAUGAAGAGAUGGAAACCGGUGUGCAAACAAACACGAGGAAUCAAAUGCCAACCCCCCUCUCUCUGCCUGGUGUGGGACGAUGUUUGUAAUGUAUUAAUUUGUAUUUUUCCUCCGUUUUCAUUAGCAUUAUCUAUUUAUGAUAUUCUUUUUUUUUUUUGGAAGCUGCUACCACCGGUUCGUUCUGUGCAGUGAGUGUGUGUCGUUUUCCUUUAUCUAUGGAACUCGCGCUGUAAAGCUUUCGCAGAGCACACACUAUUUUUGCUAGACAUACAAUUCGCUCUUGGAAUCGUUGAUCGUUUUCAAAUUGGUGGUAAAACAUCGAACUGCAUUAGGUUAUUGAUUUGGAUGCUACUGUGCAACUUCGAACGGAUGCACCACUGCGCUUAUUUUGCUACAACCCGAACGAACGCGUAAAACGGGGUACGUUCGUACGCAUUCAAUUGCACUGCUUAUAGCGAUAGCAAUAUACUCGUUUAGUAAAACGCUCCCGACAGCCUUCUUCUAAAUUCUAAAAUGGAAGCAAUUGGAAGCUUUCUACCGUUUAAAAACAUGAUUACGAAAAGUUUUGUAAAUUGAUUGUGCGUCCCACUCACGAAAUAUUUCCUACUGUUAAUCUGCAUAGGUUGCCUCACGUACGCUUACAGAUAUUUAAGAAGGAUGAACAAAAAAACGAGAAAAGAGUCGGUUUGCUUUAUACACCCUAUAUAGAUCGUACUACUGCGGCCACUAGUAGCAGAAAGGGCGCCGAGCGGAGCAAUACAUGUAUAACCGUGCCCACCUUCACCUUCAGUCUGGGUAGAAGACUUUAGCAAACAUGAACAACCAAAAUUGGCCAUCUACCUUACCACGGCCAAUCCGACCACCUGCGUAACACACCCCAGUUACGUGUUGUGACAAAUGUUAUAAGGGGUAAGGAAAGCAGAAACUGCAUUCUGUAUGCAAUUAUUGCACCAUAAAAAAACCAGCGAGCAAGAAAGUGCAGCGUCAAUGUACAAACGUGAUUCGAAGAAUUGGGAUAGAGCUUGAGUGAUUGAAACUGGGCGGCAAUAAAUGGCUAACAAAAGCAAAACGGCAUAAUAGUAUGUAUGUACAACACACACACACACAAUGAUAACGGAGCAAUGCAGCAAACUACCAUAAAGCUAGCAGUGAAAGUGAUCAAGACUAACGCAUAAUAAAGGCUAUAUUUAUUCAAAUGAAUAACAAUAGUAAAAGAAAGCAAA